GAUUAAAGGAAAGUCUAAGUACGAUACAACAGCGCUUAUUAUCGUCUUUUUUGAGAGGUUUGGUCGUUAUAAGCCACCCGUUUAACGUUUGACUGCUGCUGUAGUGAAACCCUUCAAGCGUCUCCAUGUGUGUGUUCGCUGUUAUCUAGUGCUGAACUUCUCGUGUUUUCACUGGUUUUCUUCUCAGUAUUAUUAUCACGGGAUAUUGAGUGUGACAGUAUGACCCAAGCUGGGUCUAAAAGCCCAACACUGCACUAAUGAAUGGACACUAUUGGUAGUGUACUAUUUCUUUUGGCCUAGUGUUUAUUGUGGUUGUGUGUAUUUUGGGACUGUAGGUCUGUAAACUGCUGUUUCCUGAUUUAUCUUUUUUUUAUCCAAUAAAAGAAACGCAGGCAGCUCUCUCUGGUGGGACUGUGGCUAAAAGAGACGGGGGUCCUGCUAUGGGGAGCUCUUAUUUUAGCAAAGGAAUUGAUUUAUGCAGGGAUGCACAGCAAUAUCAAACACACAUUGGCAUUGGCAAAGAUAUACAUAAGCACUGGCUAGAUGUUUAGACAUUUGCUGUAAGUUAUACGCCUCCACAGAUGAAUGUUUUUCUGUAAGACUAAUCCAGGUGGAUCCUUACGCAAAUUCUGUCUAUUGUAGAUGCUCGUCGGUAUUGGCAUCAACAGACAUUAACAUCAGCCCACACAUCCCAUAUCAGUGCAGAUUUAUUACGCAAUCCAGUGAAAACUUGUGAUAUGUAGAUAUCCAAUCUUUUUCAGCAGUAGUAUUAUGCUUCACAGUUAGGCUCAUGGAUAGCUAAACAUCAUAUAGUACAGCAUCUAAACUGAAUAGCUUAAUAAAAAAAGGUUACAGUGGGUUUUGUUACAGUUUUUGUUACAACAUGAUUUAUCAGCAUUAAUGUUAUUGAGUGUCCCUUGCAUUUAGCGAUGAGUUCAGAUGCAGUGAUCCUGUUAGAGACCAUAAACUUUGCUGCAGAAAAACAUCGAACCCAACGUCGGAAAGACCCAGAGGCAACUCCAUACAUCAACCACCCCAUAGGGGUGGCAAGGAUCUUGAGUCAUGAAGGUGGAAUUACAAAUAUUGAGGUUUUACAGGCAGCGUUGCUUCACGACACUGUAGAAGACACAGACACAUCUGUUGAAGAGUUAGAGGCUGUGUUUGGCAGCACUGUGUCCAGGAUUGUUCAGGAAGUGACCGAUGACAAAGCACUGCCUAAACAAGAAAGAAAACGCCUGCAAGUGGAGCACGCGCCUCACUGCAGCCACCAAGCCAAACUGGUCAAACUGGCUGACAAGCUGUAUAAUUUACGAGACCUUAAUCGCUGCACGCCCACAGGUUGGUCUGCAGAACGUGUUCAGGAAUACUUUAUAUGGGCAGCUCAAGUAGUAAAAGGACUUCGUGGAACCAACUCUGCACUCGAGGAAAAGCUACAGCUGCUCUUCAGUGAGAGAGGCGUGGAGAUGUAAUGCUAAUAAAGGACUACCUCACAUAGUGCCGUCUUAGACUGCUGUAGACAGUCAUGGAUUGUUUUCUCGUUAUGAUAAAAAACGUUCUGUUUUCCUUCAUCCCAAAAUGUUUGAGACCAAGCACUUUCAUCGCUGCACUGUUCUGAUUAAUAAAGAUGACAAAUGAUUGUA